AUGGCCGAAGAUUCUUUCCUUCAUCUUGCUCGCCCCCUGGGCCCCGUCAGCGUGGGGACCGCUCCCACUACUGCCCCUCUUAACGUGGUCAUUCAACCCCAGGCAAUCUUCUCCGUUCUCGACCACUCUCUUCGCCGUAAUGCCGACCAGGAACGAGUCAUCGGUACACUGUUGGGAACACGCUCCGAGGACGGAAGCGAGGUUGAGGUCCGCUCCGCCUUCGCCGUCGGCCACUCCGAGGCUGAGGACCAGGUCGAGGUCGACAUGGAAUAUCACAAGCAGAUGCUCGCUCUGCACCUGAAGGCCAACCCCCGCGAGGUCCUGGUUGGUUGGUACGCCACUGCCUCCGAGCUCAACACUUUCUCCGCCUUGAUCCAGAACUUCUACAGCGGCCAGGGUGAUGGUACCUGGCCUCACCCCGCCGUCCACCUGACUGUCUCCACCGAGGCUGGCAAGGACCUCGAGACCCGCGCCUAUAUCUCCGCCCCCGUUGGUGUCACCGCCGAGCGUGCCGCUGACAGCGCCGCUUUCAUUCCCGUUCCCUACGAACUUCGAUACGGCGAGGCCGACAAGAGCGGUCUUGAGUCUAUCGCUAACGCCAAGGAUGCCGAGGACCGUUCCGCCACUAUCACUUCCGAUAUUGAAUCAUUGGAGCGCGCUGUUGAGGAGGUUCUUUCCAUGGUUGACCGUGUCUCGCGCUACGUCGAGUCUGUGAUCGAUGAGGAGACCCCCGCAUCGACCGCCAUGGGCCAGUUCCUGCUUAACGCUCUCGCUCUCGCUCCCAAGGUCGAGCCUGCCGACAUUGAGCGUGACUUCAACAACCACAUCCAGGACGUCCUGGUCGUUUCUUACCUCGCCAACACCGUUCGCACACAGAUGGAGCUUUCUACUCGACUAGCAACCGCCCAGCUUACUCUCGGUGGCGGCGAUGGCCCCGCCACCGGCGAGGGCAACCAGCGCAACCAGCGCGGUGGAAAGGGCAACAACCAAGGCGGCCGCCAGCGCCAGGAUCGCACCGAGGAGGCCCGCGCAUGA